CAGCCAAGAUGAAGAUGUCAAAACUCUCCAAUCAGACCAACUCGCAGGACCCGCAGGCGGUGAACUCGAGAGUUUUCGUCGGCAACCUGAACACAUUUCAGUGCUCCAAGACGGAUGUGGAGCGCAUGUUUCAGCGCUACGGACGGUUGGCGGGAAUUUCCAUGCAUAAAGGAUACGCAUUUGUGCAGUUUACAAAUCCAUUCGAUGCACGGAAUGCCUGCCAUGGGGAGGAUGGGCGGACGGUGCUCAGCCAAACCUUAGAUGUGAAUAUGGUGGCAGAACCGAAACCACACCAAACAGGUCGGAAACGGCAAAACAAAUCCAAAACCGGAAAUGAUUGGGAUUACUACUACGAUAGCUACUACGCUUCCACACUAUUCGGACCACUACAGCAGCAACCGAACGCACAGCCACGGCCCCUGAAACGUCAGCGACUGAUGGCACCGAGCCGUAUGGGAAUGACACCGAAAAUGAACGGUGCUGGACCAAUCCUUGGUCACAGUCCGCAUGCACAGCAGCAACAGCAGCAGCAGCAACAGGUACUCUCCCAACAACAGCAGCAGCAACAGCAGCAGCAGCAGCAACAGCAACAACAGCAGCAACAGAUGCAUCUUGUAGCACACUCCCAACAGCUGCAGCAACAAAUGCAGGCCGUUGCUGCUGCUAGUCCUGUUUCCGGUGGGUCUUGCAGCCUUGGGAACUAUUACUCCACACCGGGUGGAAACAUUGGAUCAAGCAAUGGCGUACCGAUGCAGGUUCCGAACGGAUGCAUUGGUUCGAAUGGAUACAUCAACAACAACAACUGCUUGAUGAAUGGUGCGGAACUGGGUGGGGUGGUUGGUGGCGGAAUUGGUGGGUGCAAUAUGUCCAGCUACACCAAUGGGCAGCACGUCGUUGGACCGUUCAAAACGUACAGUAAUCCCGACACACUCAUCUGCGGUAACUGCCGGGAGCUGUUCACCGACCUGACGGAGCUGCUGGAUCACAAGCGCAGCUACUGCAAGCUUCGAUUUACCUGCAAGUGUCUCAGUACCUCUCCGGUGCAGAAAGUGUAUCCAAAUCCGCAGGCUAAACUGGUGUGCGUGGCGUGUAAGGACUCGUUCUCUAAUCCCUGGGAUCUAAUGGUGCAUGCACAGGCCGCACACAUGGUAAACAUCUACGAGCUGGGCGAAGGAUCGGCCGGGGAGGAUGGCAAGACGUCCGGCAUGGGUGGUGAUCGCACCGCCAACAGUACGCCCACGAUGCCUUGCUCACCGCCAGCACUGGAGCUUGGCAAACUGAAUGGAACGGGGGUCGGGGUCAACAACCCGCUGGCAAAUGGAAUCCACGAGCUUGAUGACGAUAAGAAUGAUCAUACAGAGGAUACUCAAUCGCAGGCGACGGCCAGCUCACCGGAAGCCUGCCUACAGACGGCUUCCUCCAGUGAGGACAUUUCUUCCAUGAACGAUUCACCCGUGAUGAACGUUAUCGCAAAGACGGAACCAUCGUCCCUGCUGACCAAUGGGUUCGUCAGUGGUGGUAACGCGAUAGAUACAGGCCUGAAGCAGAACGGCCCCGCAAGGGCUUGCAUUAUGACAGCGUUGAGUAUAGACACAAAGUCAAACCAGGAUCCAACGGUGGCACUGAAAAUGGUAUCGUCUUCGAUGGGCAUAACGCUUACUAACGGUGCGGCCGUAACGGCUGUAACGCAGUAAAGCAUUUG